GCCUGAGGAGCUACUCGGCCGCUGCCUGGGACCGGCGCGGGCUCCGGAGCCGGAAAGCGCUCCCCGCCGUCUCGCUGCAGCUCCGGCCGAGGACUAGGCGGUCGCCGGGACGCGGCCGCAGUGCGUCCCUCUGAAUCAAGUAUUAGACCUGAGAAUAGGGGCCUCGUGCCGCAGGGCUGCAGAGGCGUGGCGAGCUUCCUGGGAGCUUCCUUUGCCCUUCCCAGCGAGCGGGACUGAGUUGUAGCAUAACUACGUAUCUGUCCAACGCCUCGAUUCGCAAUCCUGGGAUAAAGAUCCCGCGGGAAAAGCUGGAAAAGAAAAAGUUGCUGGGUCUCAACAGUGCGGGGAAUUAGGGAGAGUUGAUGAAGAAGGAAGACUGAACAGCGAAAAGACAAAUUUGAAACAAGUCUGUAUUCAUGAAGAGUGACUGCAUACAAACCACAAUAUGUCAAGAAACAAAAAAAGAUCCAAUAGAAAUGUUUCAUUCUGGGCAGCUGGUAAAAGUCUGUGCUCCAAUGGUUCGAUAUUCAAAGUUGGCUUUUAGAACACUAGUAAGAAAAUACAGUUGUGACCUGUGCUAUACACCAAUGAUAGUUGCUGCUGACUUUGUCAGAUCUAUAAAAGCAAGAGACAGUGAGUUUACCACAAACCAAGGUGAUUGCCCACUGAUUGUCCAGUUUGCUGCUAAUGAUGCAAGUCUUUUAUCUGAUGCUGCUCGUAUAGUCUGUCCUUAUGCAAAUGGAAUAGACAUUAACUGUGGUUGUCCUCAGAGGUGGGCAAUGGCAGAAGGUUAUGGGGCUUGCUUAAUAAAUAAGCCAGAGCUUGUUCAAGAUAUGGUGAAACAAGUAAGAAAUCAAGUGGGAAACCCCAGAUUUUCAGUUUCUAUUAAAAUAAGGAUCCAUGAUGACCUUUCAAGAACUGUAGAUCUUUGUCGAAAAGCUGAAGCUACAGGAGUUUCUUGGAUCACAGUUCAUGGACGAACUACUGAAGAAAGACAUCAGCCAGUGCACUAUGAUGCCAUUAAAAUAAUUAAGGAGAAUAUGUCUAUACCUGUAAUUGCUAAUGGAGACAUCAGAAGCUUAAAAGAAGCAGAAAAUGUGUGGCAGAAUACUGGGACAGAUGGUGUGAUGGUUGCAAGAGGACUCUUAGCAAACCCGGCCAUGUUUGCUGGAUUUGAGGAAACCCCGCUGAAGUGCAUCUGGGACUGGGUUGACAUUGCUCUGGAACUUGGAACUCCUUACAUGUGUUUCCAUCAACAUUUAAUGUACAUGAUGGAAAAGAUAACUUCUCGGCAGGAAAAAAGAGUAUUUAAUGCUCUGUCAAGCACAUCAGCAGUCUUAGAUUAUCUUACAGACCAUUAUGGCAUUUAAUUGGACUUCCAAAAUUAUUUUAAUAUAUAUUUUAUUCUAUACCUAUUAUGAAACCAGAGGUGGUGACAUCUAGGUUUUUACUUUAUAUCAGUGACUUUUAAACUUUAGUAUAAAAACAAUCUCUGGGAGCAUUUUGAAGAAUUCAGUCCUAAACCCCAUCCUCAGAGAUAGUUUUAAAGAAGACUCCAGGUGGUUCAAACAUUCUUGUCAUCCUCGGUCCAAACAUUACACAACUGCUCUGAAUCCUGUUAUGGAUUGGGGUGUGAGGGAUGGAUAUUUUUUUCCUACUGGAAUCAUGUUUUUAACAUUUUAAAUAAAGCUUAUUUAAUACUAA